GCUACGAGCAGUUUGCACUUGGCUUUCGGAAUGUCUGCAUACUGGAUAGUUGGAGCUGUGCUGGUAUUUUUCCUCCUCGGAGUUGCAGCAGAUGUGGAGACCAAUGGGCGGAUAGUGGGUGGAAGUGACCAGGUUAUCCGUAAUGCCCCAUGGCAGGUCUCCAUUCAGAUUAGUGCGCGCCACGUGUGCGGCGGAGUCAUCUUCAGCAAGGAAAUCGUACUCACGGCCGGAAACUGUCUGCACGAGAAAUCCGUAACCCUGAUGAAGGUGCGUGUGGGAGCACAAAAUCAUAAUUACGGCGGAACAUUGGUUCCGGUGGCGGCGUACAAGGUCCAUGAACAAUUUGAUUCCCGUUUCCUGCACUAUGACAUUGCUGUGCUCCGUCUCUCCACUCCACUGACCUUUAGCCUCUCGACCAGAGCCAUAAAUUUGGCUAAUGAGAGUCCUUUGAGUGGAUCAACGGUCACUGUCACUGGUUGGGGCUACACCGAGAAUGGAGCCUUUGCUGAAUCACUUCAGAAGGCCCAGCUGCAGAUCAUUAAUCGUGGAGAUUGUGCCUCGGAGAAGUACGGCUAUGGUGCGGAUUUUGUGGGCGAGGAAACCAUUUGUGCCGCCAACACUGAUGCGGAUGCCUGUACAGGCGACUCUGGAGGUCCUUUGGUGGCCAAUAGCCAGCUGGUCGGCAUUGUAUCAUGGGGCUACCGGUGUGCGGACGAUAACUACCCCGGUGUCUAUGUGGAUGUCGCCGUUCUGCGCCCCUGGAUAAUCAAGGCAGCCAAUGCUAUUUAAUGGGCUCUUUUAAAAUAAAAAGCAUGUUUCAAAAUAAAAUUUAAUAAGCUA